AUGGCCAACUGCUUCGUACCUGCACUGGGCGGCGGUACAGCGGGCAGCGCGGUUGCCGCGCGGCUCUCCGAGACCGAGGCGACCGUCCUGCUGCUGGAGGCCGGGGGGUCGGCGCCCCCCGAGUCCGUAGUCCCGUUCGCCUGGAGCCCCUUGUUGGCCCUGGGGCAGGCCUCCGUCAGUGUCGCCUCCGAGCCUGAAGACAACGCCGCCUUGUCCAGUCCCGGCAGAAAAAAUAUUGCGUACUUCGGGCGAGUGAUUGGCGGCGGCUCCACUGUCAACGGCAUGUUGUUCGUGCGCGGCAGUGGAUACGAUUUCGAUUCCUGGAAGGAUCUGGGCAACGAAGGAUGGGAUUACCGUUCAGUUUUGCCUUACUUCAAGAAACUUGAGAAUUACCAAGCAGAGAGAACACCAAGUAAAGAGAAAUACCGAGGUUUUGCGGGCCCAGUUUCCGUCUCCCAAGUGCAGCGGUGGGGCAAAUUGCGCUCGGCUAUCAAGGCCGCAGCUGCCGAACUCGGUGUCGCCUUCAACACUGUGGGCGGCAAAUCCAACAUCGGCAUCUCGUGGGCUGAUUGCGUGUGUGGACAAUCACUCGCCAAUCAUCACCGCGUGAGUGGACAAUCACUCGCCAAUCAUCACCGCGUGAGUGGACAAUCGCUCGACAAUCAUCAUCAGAUCACCUUUGACCAGCAGAAGCGAGCUCGUGGAGUCGAAUACAAAUUCAAAGGACAGACCCACAGAGUCGUGGCCACGAAAGAGGUGGUGCUAAGCGCCGGGGCGCUGUUCACCCCCCAGCUUCUCAUGCUGUCGGGGGUUGGGCCCCCCCAAAUGUUGACAGAGAAAGGGAUCGAAGUGGUUUCGGCGCUGCCUGGCGUGGGCCAAAACCUUGACAACCACCCGGGAUUUGGGAUGCAGUGGCGGGUGAAACCUGGUGUCACAAUAUCUAUUAAAGAUAUUUUCAACCCGAAAACUUACAUCGAAUACAAUUUAAAAAGAAGCGGAGUAUUGUCAGAAUCAAUGGGGAGCAUGGCUCAUAAUUUUGUGAAUCUGGGAGGAGGAAACCCAGACUGGCCUGACCUCGACCUUCCCUGGACGUUGGCACCCAGCCUCCCGACACUAGAGCUUGAAAAAAAGGCGAAUACCCAACUGACGGUACCGCACGUGCUGCGGGACACUCUCGCCACACGCGUUGUUCUGAUGCGGCCCCGCAGUCGCGGAUUGGUCAGUCUCAGGUCCGCUGAUGUGGCCGAUCUUCCGCUGAUAAGAAACAACUUUUUUCAGGAUCCGUACGAUCUUAAAUUGAUGGUCAAAGGCAUACGAGAGACCUUCCGAGUGAUGAAUACCACCGCCAUGCGAGAAAUUUUGCUUCCCCAGCCUGACACGAGUCUUAAAGCUUGCCUGCGGUACGGCCGAGACACGGACGGCUAUUGGGAGUGCUUCGUUCGACACGUCGUGGGGCAGGACGCCCACCAUUGCUGCACCGCUAAGAUGAGCCCCCCCACCGACCCAAUGGGGGUGGUGUCCCCCAGACUCCUAGUUCGCGGAGUGUCGGGCUUACGGGUUGUCGACGCGUCGGUGAUGCCUCACGUGGUCUCAGCGAACACUAUGGCUUCUACGUACAUGGUUGCUGAGAAAGCUUCCGACAUGAUAAAGCAAGAUUGGGGAUACCCGGUCCAGCAACUGUAUUAAGCAAGAUUGGGGCUACCCGGUCCAGCAACUGUAUUAAGCAGGAUUGGGCUACAUAGUCCAGCAACUGUAUAAAUCAGGAUUGAGGCUACCAAUUCGGUCCAGCCAUUCUUAGAAUUGGAUCCAUCAAUUGUAAGAACAAAAACCAUUAGAAUAAACCAGUUCAAGAUAUCA